CGUUUCCCGCCUCUGAACUCCUCUGAAGAUCGCUCCUCAUCCGACUUGAACAGCAGGCAGUGUUGUACUUGGAUGUUCCUUCUUCUCCACGCCAAAAAUGGGUUAUCUGAAGCAACUCGACAUCGAAAACUUUAAGUCUUGGCGUGGGAAGCAUGUUAUCGGUCCUUUUAUGAAGUUUAGUUGCAUUAUUGGAACAAAUGGCUCUGGUAAGUCCAAUGUGAUGGAUGCUUUGAGCUUCGCUAUUGGAGAGCGGGCGGCUUCUCUGCGGGUGAAACACCUCAGGGACCUGAUCCACGGAGCCAACGUCGGCCGCCCGAUCUCUGACACCGCGCGGGUGGCAGUGCGGUACUGCGACGACCAGGAGCGAGAGACCGUCUUUUGUCGCAUCAUCACUGGCGUCUCCACAGAGUGUCAGAUCAAUGGUGUCCGUGUUACUUUAGCCAAAUACAUCGAGGAGCUUGAAAAGCUUAGCAUCAUGACCAAAGUUCAGAACUGCAUGGUGUUUCAGGGCACGGUGGAGUUGAUUGCUUUGAAGGAUCCAAAGGAGAGGACCAAAAUGUUGGAAAGCAUCAGUCAGUCUAGAGAAUAUGCUGCAGAGUACAAUGCAAAGAAGGCAGCUCUUCUGAAGGCCAAAGAGGACACACAGUUUCACUUCAACAAGAAGAAAUCUGCCACCGUGGAGAAGAAACAGGUUUCACAAGAAAAACUAGAGGCUCAGAAAUACCAGGAGUUGUUGGACGAGCUUCAUGAAAACCGCUUACAGCUGAGCCUCGCUGAGCUUUACUAUAAUGAGAAGGCUAUCAAUACCAUCAGUGAUACACUGAGCGAACGGCAGAACGCUGUAGCAGUUAAGAAGAGUGAACUGGCCAACUUGGAGCAGAUGGUAAAACUUCACAAGAAAGAGCACGGUCACCUCACUAGAGAGCAGCAGCACACUGAGAAAGAGAUCAGGGAUCAGGAACAUGCACUGUCCCAGUCUCGGUCUCAGUACGUCAAAGCCAAAGUGAACACAUCUCAUCACAUGAAGAAGAUUGAGGAGGGCCGCUGUGCCGUGAAGAAAAAGAGAAAGUGCUUGACUCACAAACAGCAGCAGCUGAAAGAAGAUCAACUUGAAAUCACUGAGCUUGAAAAGGCCUGGAAGAGCUAUGAGAAGCAGGUUCAGCAAGAAGGAGCUUCAAAGAGGAGAGACAUUGAGCUGAAUGAAGAUCAGGUGGAGCGAUACGACGAGCUGAAGAAGUUGGUCCGUAAGCAGGGGGCUGUCUUCAGCCAGCAGGCAGAGAAGCUGCAGUGGGAGCUGAAAGCAAACAGUGAAAAAAUAGCUUUUGAUCAGCGCAGGAAGAAGGAAAUGGAGAUUGCAAUCAGAAACAGCCUGACUCACCUGGAAGACAUGACAAGCAGAUCAGAGAAACUCAAAGAGUACAUCAAGAGCUGCACAUCAUCCCUUGAAGAUUGCUGCCAGAAGGAAGAGAAGCUCAGUGCAGAACUUCAGUGGGCGGCUCAGCGGAGCGUGGAGGUGAACCACGAGCUGACUCAGGUGAUGGAGGAGCUGGGCAACGCUCGUCUGGACAGCCACGAGAGCAGACGUCAGCUCCAGCGCAGAGAGCUGCUUGAAAAACUUUGUCGACUUUUUCCAGAAAAUGUGUAUGGCCGGUUAUCAGACUUGUGCAGCCCAAUCCACAAGAAGUACCAGCUGGCUGUCACCAAGGUGUUUGGGAGCAACAUGAACGCCAUCGUGGUGUCGUCUGAGAAAACGGCUCGCGACUGCAUUUCUUUCAUGAAGGCAGAACGAGCUGAGCCUGAGACCUUCCUGCCCAUCGACUACUUGGUGGUGAGCCCUCUGAAUGAGCGACUUAGAGAGAUUCCUGGUGCCAAGAUGGUGGUGGAUGUUGUGCAGUUUAACAUGUCCACCAACGCUGCACAGCUGAAGAAAGUGGUGCAGUAUGUUUGUGGAAAUGCUUUGGUGUGUGAAAGCAUCAAGGAUGCCAGGAGUCUGGCCUUUGACCAGGAGCAGCGCGUCAAGACAGUGAGUCUGGAUGGAACUCUGUUUAAAACGUCAGGCGUGAUCUCAGGAGGUUCCAGUUACCUACGAACCAAAGCUCGCUGCUGGGAAGAAAAGGACGUCAAGCUACUGAAGGAACGCAAAGAGCAUCUCACCAGUGAAUUACGCGAUCUGAUGAGAAAGAAAAGGAAGGAGUCGGAGCUGAAGCAGAUCAGUGCGCAGGCUCAGGGCGCUCGGACUCGCCUCAAAUACUCCAAAGCCGAUCUUGAACAUCUGGAGAAGAAAGCCAUUCCUAAAUGUCAGGCGGAAAUCUCUCGAUUAGAGAGUGAACUGGCAAACCUGAUCUAUGAGUUUGAGAUGCAGAAGGAGAGUCUCGAGGCAAAGAAUGAAGAGAUGAUGAAGAUUAGAAAGCAGAUUGACCAGGUGGAGGACUUGGUGUUUUCUGACUUCUGUGCUGAGAUCGGAGUGGACUCCAUCAGGGAGUAUGAACAGGAGCAUCUGAAGCAGCAAGCAGAGCUGGACAAGAAACGGAUGGAGUUUGAAAGUCAGUGUGGUCGCCUUAAAACAAGACUGGAAUAUGAAGAAGAGCAUCUGGAACAGGAGAGACAGAAGCUUCACAAGCUAGAGGAGAACAUCAGUGAGGAUGAGAAAAUAGUUUCUGAGCGGAAACAAGAUGAAAUCAAACUGUUGGAGUUGGUGGAGCAGCGACUGGAAAAACUGUCAGAGCUGAAAAACAAGCUGGUGUCUAAAAAAGCCCAGGUGGAUGCCGUCAAAGCAGAGCUGGACCAGAAAACCAAGACCCUUCAGGAGAUCCACAAAUGCUCGUUGAAGCUUCAGCGUGAAGUGAUGUCUGCAGAGUCCGCUCUGGAGCAGAAGCGCCUGGCUAGACACAACUUGCUGCUGGGCUGCAAAAUAAAAGGUCUGCCCAUCAUUUUGCUGUCAGGGAACCUUGAUGAAAUCAGCGAGGUCCAGCUGGAAACAGAUUCAGAAAGCACUGCAGCCACUUUGAACAUCUAUGAGAGAGAGGCGCAGCUCCUCAUCGACUACUCUGACCUGCAGUCACAGCUUAGAAGUAUCCAGGCGGAAGAAGAGAUGGAGGCUGCACUGGAGAAGCUGAGAGAAUCCGUCUCAAACACAGAAGGAGUCCUACACAACACCACAGCACCCAACCUGAAGGCCCUGGAGAAAAUGAGGGAGGUGAAGGACAAGUGGCAGGAAGUGACAGAUGCCUUUGAUCUCAGCACCAAAGCAGCCAGGAAGUGCAGUCUGGAGUUUGAGCAGGUUAAAGCACAGCGCUUCCACCGCUUCAGUCGCUGUUUGGAGCACGUUUCUGUCGUCAUCGACCAAAUCUAUAAAAGAAUCUGCAAGAACAGCAGUGCGCAGGCCAUUCUGACUGCAGAGUGUGCAGAUGAGCCAUAUUUAGGCGGCAUCAACUACAACUGUGUGGCACCGGGUAAACGCUUCAUGUCCAUGGACAAUCUGUCCGGUGGGGAAAAGGCCAUCGCAGCUCUCGCCUUUCUGUUUGCGGUACAAAGCUUCUGCCCGGCACCUUUCCUUGUUCUAGACGAGGUGGAUGCGGCUCUUGACAACUCCAACAUCGGAAAGGUGACCAGCUUCAUCAGAGAGCAGUCCAGACAGAGCAUGCAGGUCAUCGCCAUCUCCCACAAGCAGGAGUUUUUCUCCCGGUCCGAUGGCCUGCUGGGAGUUUAUUCAGAUGUUGAUGAAUGCAUGUUCAGCCGCAUUCUGACGUUGGACCUUCGUCCUUACCCCCUUGUUGAAGAAGAGGAUGGCAAACAAACAGAUGAUAGAGGCCAAGACAGCCUGAAAGAGACUGCAUGAGGCCACUGUUGCUCGUAGCUGUUCGACACAUCGUUCACACUGUUUUUAUAUGUUUUGAGGUUAUUCGGGCUGAACAGUGCUGUUAAAUACUCAAACUGAAGGCUGUUUUUAGGUGUUGAUUUGGUUCCUGAUGGACGUUUUCCUGCAAUAUGCACUUGUUUCAAUUUGUAGUGUUUUAAAUUACUCUCAGAUCCAUAAAGUUUUAUUUUGGAAAUUCAGCUUAAAAGUUACUGCUCGUUCAAGAGGCUAUGUAUUAUACAUUCUGUAUAGUUUAUAAUGCAUGUCAUAGAACAGAUAAAAAAUAAAAAGGAAGUUUUCUAUUCUAAA